UAGAGCCAUCGUGUUUCGUGCUCUCCAAUAUUUUCUGAUGCAAUCCUUCAAUUCUCUCGAAGCAACGUGUGACACACGGUGAGGGCAUAAAAUCACUUCGAAUUUUCUUCAUUCGAGGCGAGAACAAACUACAAUCCGGAUAAUGACGGAAGAGGAUUCGGUAUUUGAUCCAACCUUGAAAAAGAAGAAAAAAAAGAAGAAGACUACCUUUGACAUUGAUGCAGCUUUCAACGAAGGAGGUAGUAGCGGUGAUGCAACUGAGAACACUGUUGACAAAGAGAAUCAGGAACCAGAACCUACAGUUGUCGAAGAUGACGAGGCACUGGAUCUGGAAAAUUUCGGUAAAAAAAAGAAAAAGAAGAAAAAGGCUUUUAAUUUAGAUGAGUUAGAAGCAGCUUUGCCUGAUACCAAGAAAGAGGAACCUAUAGAGCAACAAGUCGAAGAAAUUAUAAUGGAUGAUGACUUUGACUUAGAUAUGGACUUUUCAAAGACAAAGAAGAAGAAAAAGAAGAAGAAGGAUCUUGAUGAAUUAGUAGCUGAAGAGGAACGCAAGGAAAUUGAAGAUAAGGAGAAUGUGGAAGAACCAAGUUUGUGGGUGGGCUCAGACAGAGAUUAUACGUAUGAUGAAUUAUUAGUUAGAGUAUUUAAUAUCAUGCGAGAGAAAAAUCCUGAUAUGGUGGCUGGUAAAAAACAGAAGUUUGUCAUGCGUCCACCUCAAGUGGUACGCAUUGGAACAAAGAAAACGUCUUUCGCCAAUUUCACCGAGAUUUGUAAAACAUUGCACAGACAACCGAAACAUUUACUGGACUUUUUGCUGGCCGAGUUGGGUACGAGCGGCUCGGUCGACGGUAACAGUCAAUUGAUUAUCAAAGGUCGCUUCCAACAAAAACAAAUAGAGAACGUUCUUAGGAGAUAUAUCAAGGAAUAUGUUACAUGUCAUACAUGUCGUUCGCCGGACACAAUCCUUCAAAAAGAUACUCGACUCUUUUUCUUACAAUGCGAGACCUGUGGCUCGAGAUGUUCCGUCGCUAGCAUAAAAUCUGGUUUCCAGGCUGUCACAGGAAAACGCGCUGCUAUUCGUGCGAAAACUGCCUAAGCAAUUUUCUCUGUCUAAGAAAACGCUAGUGCAAAUAAAAUAUUAUGAGAUAAAAAUAAAUGGUACAGAUUUAUUGAAUGCAUUUCAAAUUGAUGUGAAUAUAAUUGAAUUUUUUAAAGAUUAUUUAUAUAAAGUAUUGAAUUCUAUAUAAAAAAUUUUAGAACUUACAUUCUAGAAUGUAGACUUUUGAAAAUUUACUUCACAUAAGUAAAUUUAAAUUUUAUAUUUUACAAUAAUAUUUUAAUUAUUGUUUUUAAUUAGUGUCGAUAUUCUUUUUUUUCUAUAUAUAAAUUUUAUUCAUGGUAAUUAUUAAUCAUGGUAUUAAUUUUGAUUUAAAUAUAGAAGAGUGUAGAUAAUCCAGAUUGUCAUAAAUUUAAUAUUGAUUCUAAUGAAAAAAAAAAAAUGAUUUAGUUGUAAGAUUCUUAAGCUAUGAAAUCUUAUCACUCUAUAUUCUAUUAACUCAAGAUACAUUAAUCUCAAUGUUUUGAAUUUGAAAUUCUUAGAUUAUAAUAUUUCUCAGAAUAAUUGUAUUUUUUUUGUAAAUACAACAAUAAAGCAUAAAGCAAAAAGACUUUGUGCAUUAUUUAAAUUAUUAUUAAAAUUAAUAAGAAAAGUUUAGGAUUUUGUGACCAAGCUAUGUCUUUUUUUCUUUUAUAUUAGAAUUGAUAUUGAAUUUAUGAUACUCCAGAUAAUACAUUUAAUAUUAUCUAUAUUUCUCAUUUUUAUUCAAAUCAAUUUGAAAUGCAAUCAUUAUGAUUGAAAUUUGUAUAUGAAAAAUAUCGAUAAUAGUUAAAAUAAUAAUCAUUAAUUUUCGAUUCUAUUUUUUUGUCAUUAAUUAACUUUAACCUGAAUAAAAACAAAAUAAAAUUA